AUGUAUCGUCAAGUGCUCUUGCAUGAAGACGAUCGGCGAUAUCAGCAAAUUCUAUGGCGGAAGGAUGAUAAGAUAGUGACGUUUCAAUUAAAUACGCUCACCUUCGGCGUUGCUUCUUCACCAUUCCUCGCCAUUCACACUUUAAACCAACUGGCGGACGAUGAGCGACAAGAGUUCCCCAGAGCGGCCGAAAUUCUUAAGAAUCAUGUAUACGUAGAUGAUUUAUUAACUGGUGCGGAAACUAUCAAAGACGCUCGAAUGAUUAGGGAUGAAAUAACCGCAUUGUUAGCGCGGAGUGGUUUUACCAUUCGACAGUGGGCGUCUAAUGACACGCGAGUGAUUGAGGAUCUAGCCGACAACGCGUUACACGCGAACUUAACGUUUAAUAGCGAUUGUUCUUUACAAGCAUUGGGGGUAUCGUGGGACACGCGUAACGAUAGUCUAUGUAUCGCAGUACAUUCGAUCGACGAUUCAGAACCGUUAACAAAACGGAGUAUCUUAUCGAGCAUUGCUAAAAUUUUCGAUCCGCUGGGAUUAUUAGGUCCAGUGGUGUUACAUGCUAAACGACUAAUACAGGACGUUUGGAAAUGCGGAACGCAUUGGGAUGAAUCUGUUCCGCAGAGUAUCCACACAGAAUGGUCGGAAUUCACCCGACAAUUAGGUUCACUGCACCGGGUUUCAUUUGAUCGAAAAUUAUUAGUAGAGAAUCGAAAGAACAUUGAGAUACACGGAUUUUGCGACGCGAGCGACUUCGGAUACGGAGCGUGUCUGUAUAUUCGAUCGACGGGAAGAGGCAGCGGUAUUAUCAGUAAAUUGUUAUGUGCCAAGUCAAGAGUCGCACCGGUAAAACCUGUUACUAUACCGCACCUCGAACUUUGCGGCGCAUUAUUGUUAGCAAGGUUACAUCGCGAAGUUAGUCACGCGCUAAAUUUCGUGCCCGAUAGAACGAUUUUUUGGUGCGAUUCAACCAUUGUAAUACAUUGGUUGAAGACGUCGCCUCAUCGACUUAAAACUUACGUGGCGAAUCGUGUCGUCGAAGUACAAGAGUUAACCAAGUCGAUUGAGUGGCGACAUAUUAGAUCGGAAGACAAUCCGGCCGACGCGAUCUCAAGGGGUCAACUACCUCACGCCUUUUUGCAAAAUAAAAUAUGGCAUACCGGACCUUCGUGGUUAAUCAGAAACGAGAAUGAGUGGCCCGGCACCGAUACUCAAAUGAUUGACAUACCCGAAUUAAAAGGGAACACUUGCUUGAUGACGGCCUUUAAGGAUCUCGAUAUACUUAAAAAAUAUUCUUCAUAUUCGAAGUUAUGUAGAAUUGUUGCCUACUGUUUCCGAUGGCGUCCCGCUAACAAAUACGCCGGGUCAUUGUGCGCAAGGGAAAUUGAUGAAGCUGAAGGUCGCGUAUUAAAGGUCAUUCAAACAUCAGAAUUCGCUGACGAAAUAAAACUUCUUCAAGCCAAGCAUUCGAUGUCCAAAG